CCCCUCCUCCUCAAGCUCCUCGUUAGACUAAGGGGUUCUUUUGUCUUCUCCCUUGUCAGUAUGCACUUCCUACAGUCUGCACUUCUCCUCGUCACUGCCUGGGUGUCGCUCGCUCAUGCCUUGUCGUCACCGCCAUCGGGCGCCCUGGUGGUGAGCAAGUCACCUUCCUCGGGCCAAUACAAGUCGGUCCAAGCCGCCGUCAACGCCCUGUCCAAGUCGAGCAGCAGCAAGCAGACGAUCUUCAUCGAGGCCGGCACGUACUCAGAACAGGUCCUCGUCCCCUCCCUCUCGGGACCACUUGCCAUCUAUGGAUCGACAAGCGACUCGGGCUCGUACAAGUCCAACACGGUCACCAUCACCCAUGCUGCUGGUCAGUCCGAUGGCCUGAACAACGACCAGACGGGCACGCUUCGCGUCAUGACUUCGAAGUUCUCCUUGUACAACGUCAAUGUGGUCAACUCGAAGGGCCAGGGCACCCAAGCGAUUGCACUGAGCGCCCAGGCCGGCCAGCAGGGGUACUACGGCGUCUCACUCAAGGGCUACCAGGACACGCUGCUGGCCCAGACGGGCGCGCAGGUCUAUGCCAAGUCCUACAUUGAAGGCGCCGUCGAUUUCGUCUUUGGCCAGCACGGUCAGGUUUGGAUUCAUGACUGCGACAUCGGCGUCUCGGCCGGCGGCGGAUAUGUCAUCGCGAGUGGACGGAACUCGUCGAGCGAGAACUCGUGGUAUGUCAUUGACAGCAGCCGCAUCCAGGCCGCUUCGGGCAAGUCGGUCAGCAGUGGCAGCACCUACCUUGGCCGGCCAUGGGGUCUCUACGCCCGGGCCGUUGUCCAAAAGUCGACGCUCAGCUCCAUCAUCAAUUCGGCCGGCUGGAGUAUGUGGAACAAGGGCGACGAGCGCACGGCCAAUGCCUACCUGGCCGAAUACAGCAACACGGGAGCCGGUGCCUCGGGCCAGAGGGCUUCCUUCUCCAGGAAGCUCAGCUCUGCAGUCGACAUCACCACAGUCCUUGGCUCGUCGUACGAGAGCUGGGCAGACAAGUCCUACCUUUGAGCCGAUGCAAGCCGCAGUAACCCUCCUCCUCCGUUCUUUCUUAGCCUUCUCUUCCUUCUGAAAGCAGCUUGUCAGACGCAGCGAAUGCAUCUUGUUU